CUUCUCAACACCAAACUCUACUUUCGUAAUAGCUUCAUUCCAUUAACUUGAUUUACAUGAAAAGGCACAUACAUUAUAUCCUUUCCAAGCAAGGGUUUACCUUCUCCUCUUCUAGCCUUUUGAUACAUUAUCAUCAAAAUCAAGAUGGCGAAGCUUAAUUAUUUCUAUGAUAAUUUCAAUCGAAUACCUCUCUCAUAAUCAAAUUAGAAUGGAUAUAUUCUGAUGUAUGAAGCUGAAAAGCUUCGGCAUCUAGACCAAUACGUGCCCUAUUACUUCGUUCUUGUACAAAACCAGGUUAAGCUACCUCAGGGUUACUACGAUACCAUCGUCGCAUACGAAUUGCCGGCACAAAUUGACCAUCACUAUGUCGGCUAAUGAGGCCGACUAAUAGCAUCUCACGUGUGCCCGCUCCCAACUCGUAUCGGAACCAUAUAGGGAAAUUAACGGUUAAGUGACGAUAUCGCCGUUUCGUCAUGGUGUUGUACUGUAUGGCCGGAAGAAGUGCAUGGGAGGGGUGAUUGGUAUAGGAGUUGACAGCUUCAAUAACUCUUAUGUCAUGGCAUCCAUCUAUGGGAUCCCUUUCUUAUGACUACAACUUCCGUCACCCAAGAAUUACCGCGGCGCUCUUUUCAAGUAAAUGUGAGAGCUUUCCAAACUUAUGAUGCAUUUCAACGCGCUGCUAAAAGCGAGUGUCGUAUUUACACUUUCGCGGCUCGGAUAUGCUCAGACAAUUGUCGUGGAUGGACAAGUCAUCAGCGCCAAUGAAUCUACCAUUUCUCCCGCCUUCGUCACAGUCAACGCCUCCUCUUCCAACGCCACAGCUGAUCUCUUUCUUGGCGAAACACACCAGCUUACGGAUGCUGUCCUGAGGAAUCUCACCGAUCUUGGCUUAACGAACAUAGUCUUGUUUGGCUUCGCAGACCCUGCGACGGCCGCUAAUCAUUCUAUAAUUGGGCCUUGCAAGACCUUCCCUGGGGAAUUUGUUGUCUUUCCAGGCCAGAUUACUGAUCGAGUCUUCGAUCUUCUCCUGGGCGGCAGUCUCAUUCAAACCAAACCGUUCGCUUCACCGUGCUACAGUGACUACGGGAAUCAAGAUGCGGCUAAGUGCGAUGAGAUCACCGCUCAUUGGUCCGAUAACUCCUACGUCCACACGAAUGACCCGACUUCCAUCAAUGCGAUCCUAUUCGAAGGGACGUCGUGUGUGCCACAUACUGUGAACCCCUACGCGCUUAAUUGCACCAUCGGUGCUUAUCCGAAAAUGUCAGUGAACGUAACCACCGUGUCCCAAAUCCAGCUGGCUAUCAAUCUGGCGCGUAGCCUGAAUCUGCGACUCGUUAUCAAGAAUACUGGCCACGAUUAUAGUGCAAAGAGUACCGGUGCGGGUGCCGUCUCUCUGUGGACCCAUAACUUGAAGGAAAUCAAGUAUUAUGAAGAUUAUGAAGAGGGAUCAUAUAAAGGGCCAGCAUUUAAAAUGGGAGCCGGAGUGCAAGUCUUUGAGGCAUAUGAAGCUGCGCGGGAGCACAACCUUACAAUUGUUGGUGCGGAGGGCAAGACUGUCGGGCUUACAGGAGGGUACAUCCUUGGUGGUGGUCACUCCCCUUUAUCAAGUUUAUAUGGAAUGGCUGCGGAUCAGGUCUUAUCCAUGGAACUUGUAACAGCCGAUGGCCGUUUCGUCACAGCCAGCGAAAUAUCCAAUCCCGACCUAUUCUGGGCUCUCCGAGGUGGAGGCGGUUCAACUUUUGGGGUCGUGACAUCUGUGGUCAUCAAGGCAUUCCCUGAGAUUCCAGUAACGACAAUGAGCUUCAGUCUAAGCAGCAGUGAAAAAAUAUCUAUGGACCAGUUUUGGCAAGCUGUACGCGCCUACUUCGAAGACUUCGCUAAGUACACUGAUGCUGGCAAUUAUGCCCAUUUUAAUCUCAAUGCAACGAGCGGCACCUAUGUUUGGGAUAUGGCACCAUGGUUCGCGCCAAACAUGUCGAAAUCGGAACUCGAAGCCCUUUCGAAGCCCUUCUUUGACGCAAUAAGUGCCAUUGGGCUCGAUUUAAAGCCGGUCUACCAAGAAUACACCAACUUUUACGAUGCUUGGGACAAGUCUUUCCCCUUAGAAUUGUGGGGUUCAAAUCUUGCUCGUUAUGGUAGUCGGCUUUUCCCGAGGGAAAAUUGGGAGGACUCUACAAAACUCUCGUCUACAUUUGAUGCUAUUCGCCAUGUAGUUGAUGCCGGCGGGGUAGUAUCUGCUUAUAACGUUGCUGCCGCUCCGAAAUCCGGGUAUCCUGACAAUGCUGUCAACCCGGCUUGGCGUAAGACAGUUUUACACGCCAUCGACAUCGCCGCGUGGAGCCAAGAUAUGUAUACGGAGUUAAUCACAAUCUGGAGCAAUGUCUUGACGUCGGAUUGGGGUAGUUUGUGGCGGUCGGUGUCGCCUGGUUCGGGCGCAUACCUUUCGGAAUCGGACUAUAUCGAGCCUGAUUUCCAGCAGUCGUUUUGGGGCGAUAAAUACGACAGGUUGUAUAAAUUAAAAAAGAAGAUCGAUCCUUGGGAUGUGUUCUACGCGCAGAACGCCGUUGGAUCGGAGAACUGGGAGAUGUCGGACUACAUCUUUAAUAACCUGCCUUCGCAGAACAGUCGUUUGUGUUUGAAGGGGACUAACGAUUAAUCCCUGAGAUCGAAACUACUAAGUUAAAGUAACCCACGAAAGAGGAUCAGAUAGAUCUAUGCAUCUCUCUACUUGACCGAUUUGAACCUAUUGUGGUCAGCAAGAUCGCUAAACGCCGUGUGGCACUUAUCUUAGGCAGAUUUACAGGGGUAUCUUAACCAACCAG